CCCGUCGUCUUCCAAGCUACCCACAUCGUCGUAUGUUACCCUCCACGUUCCUUUCCAGCAUGAACGACCCUGACAGUCCCGAAUUGGAGAAUCGUUUCGAAGAUUCAGAAGAACUGAGCAUUAAAUCAGAGGCGGAGAGCGAGUCCGAUACGGAUUCUGAAAACUCGAGUUCAAACAAGCUGUCCAACAAGAAGUUGCCAGACAACAUCCGCGAUGCCGUGAGUGAGGUUCUGAAGGGCUACGACUGGACUUUAGUACCGAUGCCAGUUAGAAACAGUUCGGGAUCUAAACCAAAGCCGCAUGUGAAACGUCCCAUGAACGCGUUCAUGGUAUGGGCUCAAGCAGCGAGGAAGAAACUAGCUGACCAGUAUCCACAUCUCCAUAACGCUGAACUGAGUAAAACACUUGGCAAGCUUUGGAGGAUGCUGUCUGAUAAAGAGAAAAAGCCGUUCGUGGACGAAGCAGAAAGAUUACGUAUGCAGCACAAGAAAGAUCACCCAGACUACAAAUAUCAGCCUAGACGCCGAAAAAAUGUGAAGAACGGUCAGCAAAAUGGGUCUGAAGAAUCAGGAAAUGCUACAAGUCCAAUUCCUUCCUCUGGGUUCUUUAAAGUUUUGCAGCGAGAGAAUUCACCUGGAAAACAAGAGCAUAGUACAAGCGGUAGUAGCACCACAGCACACAGUCCUCCAACACCGCCCACAACACCAAAAACUGAAAACUCAUCAAACAGUGCUGAAAACAGGGAACAUGGACCUCCUCUGAAGAAAAUGAAAAUGAGUAACAGGAGUGGUGGAGACCAGGACCCCCAAAUUGACUUUAACGGUGUGGAUAUCCGAGAAUUAAGCACUGAGGUGAUGGGAACGAUGGAAAGUUUUGAUGUGACUGAAUUUGAACAAUAUUUACCCCCCAACUCCAACCCCCAUCUGAAUGCUGGACAAUCAGUAUCCCAGUUACCUCCACCACCACCACCACCACCACCACCACCACCCCCUCCCCAACCUCCUUCAACCAUGGAGAGCAGCGAUACUUACCUGCACAACUAUAGUACCGGGAAUUCUGGUAGCCAACCUAACAGUCCUGGAACUAACUGGUCAACAGGUUCCGUACCAGGACAAGUGAAGAUGGAACCACCAUACCAACACCUAACGCACUACUCUUAUGCUAAUUUGCCACAACAGUAUAACAAUAACAAUUACCCUCCCCGUACUAUGUCAUCGUAUGAAAACUACCAGGAGGAAGGAUCAAGUUCACAAUACUACAGCGGUGCCACCAGCAGCAUGCCCCCACCAUACCAUUACAUGAACUCUCCGAUAUACACGCCACUCGCAACUGCAACAACAGCUAUGUCACCUUUACCGACUCAAGAGGACAGUCACCCGCAGAACUGGGAGUCUUAUGUCGCCAACACAGCCGCCACUCAGAGAUCUUAGAAAUAGUUAGUCAUGGGAAAUAACAAUAGAUUCACGGCUGUGAGACUAAGAGAUACAGGUUGAGUUUUAAAGCUUGUUGGCUAUAGCAAUAAAGCAUGACAGUUGAACGGUUGCUAUUAAACCAUGUGUGUUGCUGCUAAUGGACGUUGGCCUGUCAGCAGAAAAAUGCAACCUCGAGUGGCAACCACCAGCGUGCAGAAACCUUAUCUAUCAUUCCUAUGCCAGAUUGGUCAGUCUGUGAAAUAACUUUGAUUUUUGCAAUUUUUUUUUAUAUAUAUAGCAUUCUAUAUAGCAAAGCCAAUAUGGAUAUUAUGUAAACAAUAUUUUUUUAUGAUAUUUAUAUGAAUCUGAAAAAAAUGAAUCUUGGUUAGCCAUCAAAUAUACAUAAUGUUAAUAUAUCUCAAGAAAUUGUAAGUUGUCAAAUAAAAACAUGUUUGUAUAGCAUUGAUUGACAGAUAGGAUGCUUAGUGGUCUGGACUUGGUAGCCGGUAGCAGUAUAUUACAUUUGAUCCUUUACAGACAAUAUAUGUGUCACAGGAAACAUU